CUUUUUUAUUAAGUGCUUUGGAAGGUCAUAAAAGGGCUGCAGCGAUUCUUCUAGACCCACUACAAGCACAUCUUUCUUUCACUUUUACAUACGCCUCCUCACAACAGCACACCAAGCGCUUCAAGGACACUCAUCAGCACUACCUAGAUCAUGGCCCGCUCUCGCGCUCGCGCUGCCCCCUCUCAGCAAACCCGUAAGGCCUCGACGAUGCCUUCGCGCCAGGCACCUCCUCCACCUCCGCCUGCGCGCACGGCACCUCCACAGCAACACCAGCAGAUGUCCCCUGCGCAACAACAACCAUCAUCCAUGGCUCAUCCUGCACCCCGGCAGCCCGGACUGUUUGGCCAAAUGGCGUCUACUGCCGCUGGUGUCGCUGUCGGCUCUACUAUCGGACACACCGUCGGCCAUGGCAUUACUUCAAUGUUCGGUGGCGGAUCAUCGGCACAGGCAGAAGUACCAGAAACACAGCAGCAGCAGCAGCAGUACCAGCAGCAACCGGCAUACUACAGCAAUGCUGCAGUCCAGAGUGCAACAACAUCAUGCGAUGCGAGCGCCAAGGCCUUCACAAAAUGUCUGGAGGUGAACGGAAACGAUAUGGGCGCAUGUCAAUUCUAUCUCGAGCAACUUAAAGCAUGUCAAGCAUUUGCAGCCCAACAGCAUUGAACCAUGGAAUGAGUGCAGCAUUUAGUAGGAUAUCCGCCCAUGCGGACUAUUGUAGAUUCCCCCAACAACAUCAACAACAACUUG